CCCCGGCUGCUACCAUCUACCCGAGCAGUUCACUUCAUUGUACUGACGGUGCUCAUCAAUUAGGCGAGAAUUAAGCCGUUUUAGAUGCAAUAGUAGUCUUUGAGCGCUUCGAAAGGGAUUAUAAACAGCCGGAAAGAGACGCAGAUAAGUUUUGAGUGCGGGCAGGCGGAGAGGAACGAAACACAGACAUGCCCUCCGUGAUGGAGCGCUCGGGGGCCGGGGUCCUGUCCAGGAGCAGAGCCAAGACCGUAACCAACGGCAACAGCCAGCCGCACUCUGAAGAAGAGAGCAGCGAUGAAGAGCAUGCUCAUGACAGCAUGAUCAGAGUGGGAGGAGACUACCAGGCUCAGAUCCCAGAGUUCAAACCAGACAGUCCAACCCGCUACAAUGAGAAGGACCAGAGGAGCAUGCUGGUCUGGUGUCCCAACAGUCACCUUUCUGAUGCAAUGUUGGACGAGUACAUCCUGAUGGCGAAAGAGAAACAUGGAUACAACAUGGAGCAGGCUCUGGGCAUGUUGCUAUGGCACAAGCACGACGUGGAGCGCUCACUCGCCGACCUAGCCAACUUCACCCCGUUCCCAGACGAGUGGACAGUGGAGGAUAAAGUGCUGUUCGAGCAGGCUUUCAGCUUCCAUGGCAAGAGCUUCCACCGCAUCCAGCAGAUGCUUCCAGAUAAGCUGAUCUCCAGCCUGGUGAAGUAUUACUACAGCUGGAAGAAGACCAGGACCAGGACCUCGGUCAUGGACCGUCAGGCCAGGAGGCUGGUCAACAAAAGAGAGAAAGAUGACAGUAAUGAUGAUCUGGAGGAAGGUGACCCAGGCAGUGACAGUGACUUUGAGAUUGACACCAAGAAAGAGGCAGUGAAACAGAACCCCAACAACGCCAGCUCUGACAAGGCGACCCCCAGCCGCUCUGGGCCAGUGAAGAAGGAAAGUAUCGGGGCUCAGUACCGCCACCACCCGCUCAGAGCACGCCGCAGGCCACCCAAAGGCAUGUACCUGGAGCAGGGAGACAUCACGUCCCUGUCGGCCUCCCACGACGCCGGUGUGCUAACUGUACGACAGCUGGACACGCAGUUGGUGUCACUCAAGAGACAGGUUCAGUCUAUUAAACAGAACAACAGUAGUUUGAAACAGAGCUUAAAUGAAGGUGUUGACACUUUCAGACCUGCUGAGCCUGUCUCUAAGAUGAACUCUCGUUGGACCACAGAGGAGCAGCUCCUGGCUGUACAGGCUAUCCGUCGCUAUGGUAAAGACUUUGCAGCUAUUGCUGAGGUGAUAGGGACCAAGACACCAGCUCAGGUGAGUUCGUUCUUCGUGAGCUACCGGCGCCGCUUCAACCUGGAUGAGGUGCUGAGGGAGUGGGCGGCUGAGCAGGUGGCCACCAGCCGCGACCAGAGAGACCCCAGGAGGAGCGGCGAGGAGAUGGCAGCUGCUACAGAUGGAGCCGCCGAGGAGGAUGAGGUCAAAAUGGAGGACUCUCCUUCGGACGCCGCCGCCGGUUCUACUCCCCCCUCCUCCACUCAGCCCCCUUCCUCCCUCUCCCAGCCUCCUCCGCUGCUGCGCCCUGCACCUCCCUCUGCUCCCCCCAGCCUCCUCCGCCAGCCUCCUCCUCUGCAGACGCGCCCGCUCCAGAACCGAGCGCCCCACAACCACCCUCCACCUCCGCUCAUCCGGCCUGCAGUGACCUCCUCGUCGUCCUCCUCCACCGGGAGCUCCAGCCUCAGGGCGUCUCCUCCCAGCUCCUCGUCCUCCGCCGCAGGACAGAUGCAUCCGUCGCUGGUCGGGCUGAAAGUGGAGCAGCCCAUCUCGCACUGAUACACAAACACACGCGUGCACACACACAUAAUAGGAAUAGAAACACACACACACACACACACACACACAAAUUAGCAUGCAGACCCUGUAACGCCAUCGCUCCUAGCCUUUGUUUCUGGGACCGUUACACAUCACAUGACCACGCGAUUGAGUGGAUACACUCAGGUCCCUUUGGUGACAUCACAGCUCUUAAAAUGAGGCAGGAAAUGUGUGGGUACCCCCGCAGGUCUACUUUGUUAGGCAGUGGCCUGAAGCCUCUUCACUGUAUUAAGAAACACCUACCUCCACGUCUUCUUUCAUUAGCAUCAACACACACACACACUCUACAAAAAAAACAGUACCUACAAACCCAAAACAAAGACACUGGAUCGUCAAGCUGUUGAAGGAAGCCAUGACCAGAGAGCAAAACCCACCUGCUUGUUUCCAUGGAAACUGCUGAACAUCUGGAUUACCGCAGAGUGCGGCUGAAAACACACACACACACAUUAUAUAUACAUAUAUCUAUACUGUAGAGUCCACUGGGCAGGUAUCAAGUCGUCCGAACAACAUUCAGGAAAAUCAAAUGAACAAACGAAAGAAAGCCAGAAGAAGAGUCGCCCACAUCAGAGCCAAACCUGAGGUCACAUAGAUUUAGGAAAAACCUUCAGAUUGUUGGAAAUUAUGUGAAGAAAACUCGCCUUUUCCUGCUGAGCUUUGCUUUAAAACUUGAGAGGCGUGAUAAGGUACUUUUUUUGCAAAGGAAGCGGCUUUUGUAAUCAGAGCCGUGCUAUGAGUUUAUCAUUAAGGCUUUAAAUAGUUGAAGCUGUUGAAAAAAAGAAGAGCGAGAGAUCCCUCCUCUUCUCUCAUAGCCAUGUAUUACUAUUAACUGGAGUGAUGUUUCCCUUUUUUGACUAGACUUUUAAAGUGAGCUCUAGGUAGGCAGUUAGUUAAUGUAAGUAGUUUAGAUAGUGCAUACUUUAUUAUGAUGAUUAUUGACUGAGCACUACGGAGAAAGAGCCUUUAAAACACGUGACUGGACUUUGUCUUGCUUUUCAAGAAGCCAUUUGCCACAGUUUUUUUUUUUUUACUGGCUCAGCGUUUAAGCCCUACUGCUUAAUGUCUUAAUGCUGAACGAAACAUUAGCCUCUGUGUAAAGUGUGCGUGUAGAGGACUGGUUUACAAAGUGAAGGGGACGACUGACCUUUCCUGACAUCUGACAGAUAACCGUACACUGAAAAAUAAAAUCCUCUUCCACUCUCUG